UCAGAUUGCAGCGGGAUGUUUCAUGAAAGCAUAGACCCAGAAUGAUAGGAGGACAGGAGACUGCAGCAGCUGAGCUCUGGAAGCCAGAGCUGGAUGAGGGACCUGACUGAGAGGAGGCUUGGGCAUCCGGAGCUGAAAGCUGAGCAGCAGACACCACCGGAGUCUGUGAGGGCACGACUGAGCAUGGGGCUAGCUUGCUGCUGCUCCCGCACCACUGCAGAGGCGUCCUCUCUGGAACAUGGAGACAAGGUUUUUGGACAGGGGGUUCCCAGUCCCCUGGAAGAGAUUAAGAGACUACUGAAGAUCUCCAGGGCACUGCAAGCCAGGUCUGUACCCUCCAGCCAGGAGAAGGCAAAAGGUCUUUCUGGAGAGGCUGGGCAGCCAGAGGGGAAAGGCCAAGAAAACUAUCCUGGCCCUGGGGAAGUAGAGGGUAAGGCAGAGCCAGCCAUGAGAAAGGAUGAUGUUUGCCCAGGCAUGAAAUAUAUCAGCGGAUGGUCUCUCAUGGAAGAAGCCAGGGCAGCUACACCCAAUGACUUAGCAAUGAGAAACACCAAACCAGACAAACACCACUGCUGCUGGGAAAGGGACCUGGGGAAAGGGAAAGGUGGUUCAGAGAGCAGAGCCACAUGUCCUUCCAGUCCUUGUCUGACGGUGUCCAAGAGCCCAUGCCAGGAUGGGCUGCUCUGCUUCCUGUGUCAAGACUGUCCAAAUUCCUGCCAGGCUCACACCCCGGCCCGUUGGGCGCAUGCUGUGCUCUGCUGGACAGAUAACACCAGCAUUGGCGAGGACCCUCAAGCCACCGCUACCUGGGUCAUGCGGGCCAUGGCAGCUGAAUAG